AUUCCAUGAUACUGAAAGAUCUAAUGGAAGAAAAACAGUUGAAUUUUAACCAGCCACUGUUAUCAGUGAGGCGUUUCUCAUCAACAGUGGCCAAUGAAGCAGACCGCAGAAGCAAAACUGAUUACAAAUUAGCCAGACUUCCACCUCCUCUUGCUUACCAUUCAGAGUUAAAGUCAGUUCCUGUGAGGAAUGCUGGAACUGUGCCUUUUGUAUGGGAGAAAGCCCCAGGAAAACCCAAAGAUGAAAGCAAGUUACAGACACAAGCUGCCGAGCAGCCUAUUGGGAGAGUAUCAGAAAUCAAGCAACAAUCAGUUACUGAGAUGAGAACCGGAAGCUCCUUUUUUUCCAACUCUCAAAGGGUUGCAUCUUUGGAUAAAAGAGUAGCAAAAUAUUCAAAAGAUGGAAAUAUGAAGAAGGAAAGUUCUUAUUCAGAUGAUGGAGAUGAAUCCUAUAAAGAUUGUCUCGACACACUUUCCAGGAGUGAGUCAUUCUUCACGAGCUGUAGUUUAUCUGGUUUGAGUGGCUGGGAGGAACAAGAGGCUCAAUCAUAUGGGAGUUUCUCAAGUGAUCAUCUACAAGCUCGUGAUUUCAUGAUUGAUAGGUUCUUCCCUGCAGCAACAUCUGAAGCACCACAUCAUGUGUCCAAGAAGGAGCUUGUUGGACAAGAACAACAAAAACAGAAAAAGAGAGAAGCGAACGUAGAAGAAAGUAUUGACUGCAAUGAAUACGAAAAAUGCACAACUACUACUUGUGGGCUAUUUCCUCGGUUCUGUCUUUUGAAUCCAAUACCUGGAUUAACAAUGGAUAAGGUUCAAAGAAAAGCGGCUCAUCGAAUGCAUGCUAAAUCAGGUGCUUCUUACAUUGGAUCUACAAAAGGGCAAGUUAGAACUACCUGUGGGUUUAAAGCAAAAAAAGAGAUUUUGGAUACUCUAGUAAAAUCUAGACAUGGCACCGAUCCACAUCAAAGAGUUCGCAGAAAAAUAGCAUCCUCUGAGAGCAGUCAACAUGAUUAUGAAAGCCAUGUUCAUGAGAAAACAAUAUUCUGA